UCUAGAUCUAGAUUAUUAAUAUAGCCAAAGUUAUUUUAAAAUGUCUUUUAUGCAGCUUUUCAUAAUUCUACCGAUUCGAGUAUUUACUUCUAUUUUAAAAUCUUUAUUUCAUUCAUGGCUGAAAUUAAGAUGGACACCUUCCUCAAAAAGUUGGUUAAUGCGUUUAGAUAGGAAAAUAAGAAAUAAAUUAACUCAUAAAAAUCACGCAGAGUGGGUUUCAGUGGCAGUUGGUAAAAAGGUUUAUGAAAUAUGGACUGUUUUUGUAGAGGGAGAUAUACGAGAUUCUAUACCUCUGGUUAUUAUUCAUGGAAUGGGUGGUGGCACCAAUAUGUUCCUGAACAAUAUAGAUGACUUGGCAGAAGAGCGUGAUGUCAUCUUAUUGGAUCUUCCAGGCUUUGGAUUAAGCAGUCGUCCAGAGUUGAGAAUUAAGUACGAGAAUGGCUGGUGGGUUGACACAACAGUAGAUGAUAUUGAAGAGUUUUACACUGAAGUUCUUGAAAGCUGGUUUCAAAAAAUGAGCUUCAAUAACUUCAUAUUACUGGGUCACAGCUAUGGAGGAUAUCUAUCUUCAGUUUAUUGCCUAAAGUAUCCGAGUCGUGUCAAGCACCUAAUUCUGGCAGAUCCAUGGGGCUUUCCCCAGAGACCAGCUGCAGCUGAGAUGAGACCAUUUAUGAGGAGCAGGUCCAUUGUUCUUCUCUCUAAGUUGUAUGGGAAGAUGAAUAUAUUCACCCCGCUGAGAAUUCUUGGACCCCUUGCCUUGCCACUGUUUAGGGCAUUUAAGCUAGGCAUAAAGGCCAUGUUUGUUGUCAAAAUGAGUGGAAACUCUGAUGAUUCUGCUGAUUUGAUUGUUCGACAGAGAAUAUUGCGACAAGAAGAUUUUCGCUUGUUUCCAGACUCAACCAUGCAAGACUACUGUUUUUUGUGGAUGUUGCGAAGUAUGAGUGGAGAAGUGGGCUUCAGUCGUGUGUCUAUACCCUUUGGAUGGGCUAGGAAACCACUUGUGGAAAGAGUCCAUGCAUGGGACCCUAAGCUGGAUGUGACAUUUAUUUAUGGAGCUAGGUCCUGGGUUGACUCACAGCCGGGAUAUGAAACAAAAAAUCACAGACAUGACAAUUAUGUCGAUGUUCAGGUCAUCAGUGGCGCAGGACACCAUGUUUAUGCUGACCGCCCAAAGGCUUUCAAUCACAUUGUCCAGAUGAUUGGGGAGGCUGUUGAUGAAGGUAGAAGUCCUAACAUAAGCCAUGAAUUUGAACAGCGCCACCUUGCUAUGUCCAGCCUUCGACGUCGCUCAUCCUGUGCUUCACAGGGUGAGUUUCUCAAUGAUGAGGCAGGCAUACGGCAAGUGAGAGCAUUGAGUUCACACGAACUAACAGAGCUGUACAAUAAAGAUGAUAAAGAUGGCAGUAAAGAUGAGACUGAUGAAAGCCAUCCUCCUCAUGUUAAAUUCAACUUGAACUUUGUAACUGGUGAGGAGCAUGAAGCAGAACCCAAACAAACAUCUGAAUUUCCAAAAAGGAUGGGCAGGAGAUCCUCCCUGCAGGGCACAAUAAAAAAUGUCAAGUUCUCCACUGAUAAUAUCUCAUCCAUUCUAGAAAAAGAAUCCCCUGGUGAGAACUCUGAUGAUGAGGAAGAUAAAUCCUCAAUGCUGGUUAAACAUUGAUCAUAGUAAUAAUAGUUUUAGGCAUUCUACUAGCCCACUAUGCAAUGUUGAUGUUUUUAUUUUUUUUCUGGUUUAUUGUUGAUUAUCUAUUAAAACCAUUGGUAAGACAUUUUGCUGAGUUAUUUUUAUAAAAUGCUCAAAAACUUUAAUAAUACUUCUAAUCUUGCAUACAAUUGUGACCUGGAUAUUCUUCUAGAAAACACACUGAGCAGAUAUGAAGGGCAUACAUUAACUUGUAUAUCAGUUAUUUUAAUUUAGGUAACAUUAAAAUAUGUUAAAUCAUUUUAGUAUAUAUGGCAAUCAAUUUUGUUAAAUGUAAUAGAAUUUUUUGGAAAUAUAAAUGCUGUACUGUAAGUUAUAAUAAUACAAGUGAUAAUAAUUUGUUCAUGUUUAAAAUGUAUAGAUUACAUCAUAUAAAUAUUUUUAAAAAUCAUUUUUUUUUUGGCAUUAAGUAUCCAUAGUAUAUGCAAGCAUUAAAAGCAUCCUAUUUAUCAAAAUGUUAAUUAUUGCAAGCCAGAGUUGUUUAUGUAGACUUGCUUCUGGCAUUUUAUUUUAUCAUUUUUCUUAUUCUAAUUUCUAUGGCAAGUAAAAUUACUUUUUGUUGCUUUUAAGAUUGAUAAUAUUUGCCCAAGCAUUAUGUUAUGCCUUUAAGGAUCUUUCAAUUUGUUCUCCAUUUUUUUUUUUUUUAAAUUUGGCUUUACUGGUUCAUUUUAUUGGUUUUCAAUCCAUUCUUGGGCUCAUUAUUUUAAAAUUACCUUUUUAAAACCUAUUAUACCUAUUAAAUAAUGCUGCAAACAACCCAAAAAUAUAUAUACAUCAGGUUUAUAGCACAAUGAAACAUCAGUGUAUGUAAUGAGAAUUAUAUAUUUGUAAUUUUUUAUCUGAUGCAUUGUUAUACCUGGUAAAGACAUUCAAUCCCACAUUUGCCUCUUUUCUCUUCAAACUGUGAUAGUUACUUGAGAGAGUUAUAUAUUUUAAUGGAGUGCAAUCACCAUGGCAUAAAUUAUUUGAAGUCUUUCAUAAAUUUCAUAAUACUUGUCAUAACUUCAUACAAUUUCCAUGCCCCCUUAACCAGAUAGUCUCUUUCAUUAUACAUGAAAUAUUAAUAGGGUUUCAGUUUUUGGUUUAUCUACCAAUGUUUUAUAUCUUUUUAACAAAGCAUUUUUUUUCAUUAUACAUGAAUCAUUCACAGUUGCAAAAAAACUUUUUUUAAGACAAAAAAAUUCCAACUUCAUCUCUAUUCUGGGUUUAAAAUCUUAUCACUUAAGGGAUUAGAAUCAAUUGUGGUACUACGAUCAACAAUAACUCUUUAAUAGUAAAUGGUAGAGAAAUCACAACUAUUAUCGUUUAUGCUUAUCAAUGUUAUAGCCAUUAUACACAAUAGAUUGUGUACCCAAUAGUCAAUGAGUUUUUCUGGAGAGUUACUACUAAUUUUUCAAUUCUGUUAAACAAGGAUCAAGUAGUUGUAAGACUAUUGUUCUGUACAUAUUUUUGUUUAUUUCUUGUUAAUAUAUGAUCAAUAGCUUUCAUGAACAAUUUUGCUACAGGAUGCAUUAUUUAUUGUAUUUAUAUAAUAUUGUAUUAAAAAUUAUAAGA